CCCGGACUUGACGUUAACACCAUUUUGUAAACCUUACAGGUUGAGGCUCACUCACAGUGCACACCUCAGAGAUACCAGCUGGUACCCAGUUCGCGUGGAUUGCGAAGACCUUCUGGACUGGCCUUUUCAAAGGAAAGAUCCGUCCAACCAUGAGCGCCAAGACUGCCAUCAGUUCAGCCGUCCUCUUCGCCAGUCUCCUGACCAUCGCCCAGGCGUGGCUCGUCCCCCAGCCGCAACAGAACGUCUGGACUGUCUUGGCCAAAUCACUGGGCCAAGACCACAUAUGUCUCAACCAAGCGAGUGCCGCGAAUCCCAUGGCAUCCUGCCUCGUGGGGAUCCCAUUUAAAGAUCGUGAGAUGCCCAAGAUGCUUCUAGGUUAUGCUCAAAAACUUAGACAAGAAGCUGCUAAAAUGGAGCAUAACCUAAAGCAUGCCCAUUACAUCGUCGCGUGGUACAAUUAUAUUAAAAGUCUUCCAAAGUUAGAAAACGAGCCUCAGGAGCUGGAGCUUCUAGGUUCCGCCAGAGCCGAAUCUUGUUUUCAUAUCCGCAACGACCACGUCCAGCGUCACCACCGUCAUUUUGUCUCCUCCAAAGCCCAUUUUAAUACUCAUUGGUGCAACGCUGUGUCCUUUAGUUAUCCUCCAAUCCCUCCCCAAAAAUCAGCCCAAGUCUUUGCCCAUCCCCGCCAGCUUCCCAGGGGAACAUUCUUGAUUUGCGGAGACCACGCAUGGGCAGGUAUCCCCUCUCACCUCUCCGGAGGCCCGUGCACCUUUGGGACCCUCGGAUUGUUUUCACCCAACAAAUCACAAAUUUUGGAUUGGGUUACACAAAAUUCUACAAAUGGUGCACAUCUAUUGGCACACUCUAGAAAGAAGAGAGAAGACUACUCUCUCAAAAAAUUGGCAGACGAUUGCGAUGAGGAAAUUAUCCAUUGGAGCAGAUCUAAAGGCAUCGCAAUCACAGUAUUUGCGCCGUGGGUCGCCAUUGCUAAGACCCUCGGAGAAUUAGGCCAUUUGGAAUGUUGGGUAGCUAAGCAAUCCCGUUUGACUUCUAGGGCCCUGUCAAACCUCCUGAAAGAUGAGGAAAUUACGAGGCAGGCAACCCUCCAGAAUCGUGCAGCCAUCGAUUACCUCCUGCUCCUCCACGGUCACUCGUGUGAGGAGUUUGAGGGGCUCUGCUGCUUUAAUUUGACAUCUAGGGCCAAGGGGACUCGCGAGGCACUCAAACAAAUGGAAAACAUGAUAGGAGACAUCAAGCAAGAAUACGGGGACUGGCUCAGUAAUUUGUUCAAGGGAUGGGGAAUCUCGGGUUGGACGGGAUCGAUUCUUAAAACUGUUCUGUUAAUUGUUUUUGUGCUUUUUGUUGCUAUUGCCAGCCUUGGACUAAUGAAAAAGAUGUUGCAGAAUUUGAUUUCUUCCUCCACAUCACCACCCAAAGCUGAAGUCCACCGAGUAGCCGUUGAAGUAGGCCCAGAAGCGUUCAAGGAAGAGGAGGAAAGCUUCGUUGAUGAGGACGAGCAGGCUGAACAGCUUGAAAUCACCGUAGAAGAAGUGCGCAGCCUUCCUCGAAAACAAUGGCCUACUCAACAGCAGUGGUUUGCAGAAUCAUACCUACGUUCUGAACACCUGGUGGACCCCCCUCAAUUCGGAUAUCUGAGAUAGGACUCACAGGGUCAAAAAUAAAA